AUGCUGUGCCAGACGAUUCAGAACCUGGAUGCGGGGCGGGACAAGGAGUUCAUUGAGGGGCCGCAGACAAAGGCGAAGGAGACCCGCGAGCAGCUCCAGCGGCUCAAGCCCCAGAUCACCCAGCACACGAACGCGGGCCACUUGCUGGCGGAGCUGGAGCGGAAGAGGGCGGCCGCUCUCCAGAAGAAGAUGGAGCAGGAGGACAUCGUCACGGCUGCGCAGUCGGAGAUGGGCAGGCAGGGCGAAAUCGCCACCAAGCUUGAGGCGGAGUUUGUGGACGACCAAGAGGUCAAGGACAUGUUCGCGUCGGCAGCAUGGAAGCGGUACCACGACAAGGUCAGGGAGAAGGGCGUGGACACCCUGCGGCAGGCAACCAAGGGCGAUAAGCGGAACUUGUUGGAGCAGCUGCGCGCCGCGGGGAAGCAGAAGGGGGGGCCUGACUUCCGCUUCUACUUCGCUAACAUCACCAGCUAUGGCGACAAGGCCAAGGACCAGAUCAAGGCCUGGUCACGGGCACGUGCGCUCAAGGAACCGUCGAUUUCCUGCAGUACGGGGAAACACCUGAGCGAGCCUGAGGGGUUUGAGGAGCGGGCGCCGCACCUCGUCGGUUUCGUGGAACACCACAUGUUGGGGCCCAAGCCCACAGAGGUGAAUAAGGGGCUCCGUAAACAGGGAUGGCGGGGGGACUUCGUCCGAGCCCAGCCUACGAUCAACGGUGGCCGUCAGGGACAUGGAGGCGUCGCAGUGUUCAGCCGCUCCCACCUGCACACCACGGUGCCCACGACGGAGGAGAAGCCGAUGUUCCCAGAAGUGCUCCCGCCGCUACAGA